AUGCGUAAUCAAAUCAUUGCUGUUCUUAUGGUUUUUAUCUUUUGUGUUAUUGUUUUGGUUUCGGCCAAGCCAACUGGAUCUGUUGAAAAGCAACAUCGUACUAUAUCAUUUUCAAAUUGGCCUCAAAUAUCAAAUCCAUUUUGUAUUCCAGUACUUUGCACUUUUCCUUGUCGAUGCGGUAGUCAACUUGAUAUGGAAGGAUGUGAAACAUGUUAUUGUCUUCCAUGUGAUUUGGAAUGGUAA